AGGCCUCGCGCCGAGGAGGGAGCAAUUGAAUUUCAAACACAAACAACCGCACGAGCGCGCAGCACCGCGCCGCCGCAUCCGCGCCCGCCCCGUCCGAGCGGCGCGGGCGCACAGCCGUGGCCGCGCCGGAGCUGGGGCCGGGGGCCGCCAUCGAGGCGGGGGCCGCUCGAGGGCCGGAGCGCAGCGGCGCCGCCACCGCCGCGCGCGCAAACUUGGGCUCACGCUCGCCGGCGCGGCGCGGAGCCCGGGGCGCCCGGAGCCCCGCCAUGUCGCGCUCCAACCGGCAGAAGGAGUACAAGUGCGGGGACCUGGUGUUCGCCAAGAUGAAGGGCUACCCGCACUGGCCGGCCCGGAUUGACGAGAUGCCCGAGGCCGCCGUGAAGUCGACAGCCAACAAGUACCAAGUCUUUUUUUUCGGGACCCAUGAGACGGCAUUCCUGGGUCCCAAAGACCUCUUCCCUUACGAAGAGUCCAAGGAGAAGUUUGGGAAGCCCAACAAGAGGAAAGGGUUCAGCGAGGGGCUGUGGGAGAUCGAGAACAACCCUACUGUCAAGGCCUCGGGCUAUCAGUCUGCCCCCAAGAAGAGCUCUGUGGAUGAGCCCGAGCCCGAGCCCGAAGCCACGGAGGGUGAUGGCGACAAGAAAGGGAGUGCAGAGGGUAGCAGCGAUGAGGAAGGGAAGCUGGUCAUCGAUGAGCCGGCCAAGGAGAAGAACGAGAAGGGGGCGCUGAAGAGGAGAGCGGGGGACCUGCUGGAGGACUCCCCAAAACGUCCCAAGGAGACAGAAGAUCCCGAAGGGGAGGAGAAGGAAGUAGCCCCCUUGGAGGCUGAGAGGCCCCUCCCUGUGGAGGUGGAGAAGAACCGUACCCCCUCUGAGCCCGGCUCUGGCCGGGGGCUUCCUCGGGAGGAAGAUGAGGAGUUAGAGGAGGAAGAGGCUGCCAAGGAAGAUUCUGAGGCCCCAGGCAUCAGAGAUCGUGAGAGCCUGUAGCCACCAAUGUUUCAAGAGGAGCCCCUGCCCCGUUCCUGCUGCUGUCUGGGUGCUACUGGGGAAACUGGCCAUGGCCUGCAAACUGGGAACCCCGCCCCGCCCUCCUUUGCCACUUAACUCUCCCCACUCCAAGCCCAGCCCCUGGAGAUUGACCUGGAUGGGGCAGGCCACCUGGCCCUUGCCUCCAGAUCCCCACACCCCUGUGAUCUGAGUCAGGGCCAUGUGUUCUGCUUCGUGGGCUGCAAUGAGGCCAUUGUGUCCCUCCCUGCCUGGAGCCGUUUCCCAGGGUAUCUGUUGGGGCCUGGACUGGUGGUUUCCACCUCCUGACACCUUCCUGCCCCUCCCCUUCCCCCCCCAGCAUUCUGGACCUCUGGAUUAGCUGGCAUCGGGGGUAGGACUGGAAGGGAUGGAGAAUAAAACAACAGGGUAGGCUUCUGGGCCUGAGAGGGGCGAUCUUCAAGUAGGGGUGGGGGGUGGGCAGGAAGAUGGCAUCUUUGUGCACUCCUGUGCCCUCCUCCUGUACCUGCUCUCUCAGCCCCCUAGCUUCAGGGGAAGUGGGACAGCUUGUAGGGGAGGGGCUCCCUUCCAUAAACCCUUGAUGAUGGGCAACAUCCAAUCUUCCUUUUGCUGACCCCAGGAGUUCUGGGAGUCACAGAUGAUCGUCAGAAGAUUUGGGGGCUCCCGAGUUGUUGGGCCGAGGACCUGAGGUCCAGAGGGUUGACUUCACCCAGCUAGGGUGGGAGCAUUGAGGAGCGUCUGUCCACCUCUGAUCUCUGGCCAGAGAUAGGAUGCCCUGGGGAGACCCCUUAGCUGCCCUUUUCCCUCUCCCCACAGUGCUCAAGGCCAUCCUACAGUCACAUAUGUCACCCAGACAUGAAAAGACACAUUUUUUAGGAGAUGUUUUUAAUAAAAGAAAAUUACAAAAAAAAAUUUUAAAGACCCCUAUCCCUUUGUGUGCCACCCCCACCCCCGGCUCCUUCCCCUCUCUUGCCCCCACUUACGAGGUGCACUGGGAGGCUUCCCUUCUAUUUGGGGUUUGAUGACUUUUCUUUUUGUAGCUGGGGCUUUGGUGUUCCUUCUGGUGUCCGUUCCCAUCACGUCCCUCACCUGGUCUCCUCAGCGUUGUCACCAGAUCUGAAACCCACUGGGAGGACAGGGGAAUAAGUGCCCUUGCCCAGCCUCUGUAGCGGCCUCUAUGCCUCUCUCCCGUCUCCCCCCACCCCCACCCCCCCUUGGGCUCUGAUGAAAAAUUGCUGACUGUAGCUUUGGGACUUUAGCUCUGAAAACCGUAGACGAUUUCAGUUCUAGGAAAAUAAAACCCGUUGAUUACUA